AUAAAAUGGCAAACUGCUAGUUUGCUGUGCAUCACACGCGUUGUUGACGAUCUAAUACUUGGUGUAGCAUCACUGUUGGAUGCUUCGAAAAUUUAGAAAUAAGUAUCAAUUGCAGCCUUCAGAAUUUAAGGCAUUAAUGCUGAGCAAGUAGACUGAAAUUCUCUGUGUUCAUAAACACUACUUGAGAGUCAGGCGUGCUUUUAGCACGUUGGGGCCUUUAAAUGUUUGCUAAUUUAGUUAGCAUCUGGCGCGUCGUCUAGCAGCUUAGCUACACAAAACAUCUGAAGCGGUUAACUGUCAUUUAAGAAAUAAGUCACAUUUAUAUCUGGCCGUGCUGGAGGGAAGGUGGAAAGGAUCUAAAAUGAUCAUCGAAAACCUCGAUGUUUUGAAAACAUGGCUUUCUGAAACCCUGGAGCCGAUCUGUGAGGCAGACCCAUCUGCCCUCGCCAAGUAUGUUGUUGCUUUAGUCAAGAAAGACAAAAGCGAGAAGGAACUUAAGGCCCUGUGUAUAGAUCAGUUGGAUGUAUUUCUUCAGAAAGAGACCCAGCCAUUUGUGGAUAAGUUGUUUGAAGCGAUUAACAACAAAAGCUACCUCCCACAGCUGGAACAGCCAGCACCUUUGGUCAAAGUUGAGAAAGAUGAGCAGAAAAAAGACGAGGUUAAUCGGGAAGAGGAAAGAGAGAAGAAGUUUUCUCGAAGAGUGACUCACAGUCCUCCACAAACAAGCUCCCGCUACAUCAGAGAUAGCAGGAGGGGAGAUGAUCGGAAAAGGGAUGAUCGCUCAAGAAAGCGGGAUUAUGACCGCAACCCAAGGAGAGACUUGUAUCGUGACCGCUACAAUCGCAGGAGAGGCCGCAGUCGCAGUUACACUCGUAGCCGCAGCCGUAGCUGGAGCAAAGACCGUAUCAGAGACCGAGACAGAGACAGAGAGAGGGAUAGAGACAGGGAUAGAGAUCGAGAUCGUAGCAGGAGCCGGACCCACAGCAGAUCUCGGUCUCGGAGCAGGAGUAGAGAUCGCGAUUCAGGGAAGUUAAAGUAUGAUCAUGAUCGAGUGGACCGAUCGGACAGUGGGGACAACUACACUUUAACAGCCCUUGCCUCCUCUGCAGCCACUUCACACUUCCCUGUGCCAGCACUAAGCAGCACGAUCACUGUCAUUGCCCCCACACAUCUUCACACUAACACAACCACCGAGAGUUGGUCAGGCUUUCACCCGGAGGCCCCAGUGGCUCGAGGCCCUUUUAAUAGAGGUCCACCCCCCCAACAGAGGAAACGAUGCCGUGACUAUGAUGAGAAGGGCUUCUGCAUGCGAGGGGACAUGUGUCCUUUUGACCAUGGAAGUGACCCAGUUGUGGUAGAGGAUGUCAAUCUGCCCAAUAUGCUGCCUUUCCAACCUCCACCGAUGCCAGGUGUGGAACCACAACCUCCUCCAGGGCUCCCACCUCCGCCACCACUCCUUAACCCUCCACCUGUUAACCUGCAGCCCCCUGUGCCCCCACCAGGCACACUCCCACCCAGCCUUCCGCCUGUUGCAGGUCCCCCACCUCCUCUUCCUCCAUUGCAAGCAUCAGGCAUGGAUGCUCCUCCCAAUUCCAUCACAAGUUCAGUACCCACCAUUGUCACCUCUGGGAUGCGCGCUUCGCUUCCACAGGCCCCUGCACCACUCUUCACCUCCGAAAAUUUUGAGACAGAUGUGUACAAUCCUGAAGCUCCCAGCAUCACCAAUACUGCCAGGCCUAUGUACCGCCACCGGGUCAAUGCGCGGAGACCAAACUUAAUUGGGCUGACAAUGGGGGAAGUGGAUCAACCACAGAGAGACAAAAUCCCAAAUAACAGUAUGAGAAUUGUUAUGGAAUCUGACUCGAGGAAGAGACCACAUCUUCCCCAUGAUGGAAGCAUCCCCGCCAGGAAACCCUGGUUUGACAAGUCCAACUUUAACAAACCCAGCCACCAGGGUUACCACAAGAAAACCCUGUUCAACUCCCUUAACACCAAGCUUCUGGUUCGGCAAAUUCCUCCAGAACUCAACAACAUCAGCAAGCUGAAUGAUCAUUUUAGCAAGUUUGGCACAAUAGUCAAUCUGCAGGUUGCCUACCGGAAUGACCCAGAGGCGGCAUUUGUCCAGUUUGCUAGUCCAGAUGAGGCCAAGUGGGCAAUGCAAAGCACUGAAGCAGUUCUCAACAACCGCUUCAUCAAGGUUCUCUGGUUUCAUGAGGGUGAAGGUGAUGGGAAGGUUCAGGGUAAAAACCAGGCUCUGUCACAGCAACAGUCUGAGCUGCAACCAGUCAUGCAGCCUUCAACCACAUCUCUAAAACAGUCUGUCAAAGAUCGCCUUGGACCGCUGCUCACUCAGAGCUCUGAGUCCUCCCAAGAAUCCUGCAUAGCCUCUCAGAAUGCUACCAAAGGCUCAGUGAAGGAUCGUUUGGGUUUCUCUGGAAAUCCAACGAUUGUGUCAGUUGAGAAGGUGUUUUCAACCUCUGGGGGCCUCACAAAGACUUUAUAUAAUCCAGCCGCCUUGAAAGCAGUCCAGAAAACUACAGAAGAAGCCUUGAAGAAGAAACAGGAAGCCCUUCGAUUACAGCAUGAUGUCAGAAAGAAAAAACAAGAAAUACUGGAGAAGAAUAUUGAGACCCAGAAGCUGUUGAUAUCCAAACUUGAGAGGAACAAAUCAAUGAAAGCAGAAGAUAAAGCCAAGAUCAUGGAAACUUUGGACACAUUAACGAAGGGCAUCACAAAACUACAAGAGGAAAUAAAGGGAAUCUCAAGAGACAACAACCCACUACGCACAACCAAGAGCAAGGCGCAGGCACAGAAGGAACUGCUGGAUGUGGAACUGGACCUCUACAAGAAAACACAAGCUGGGGAAGACACUGCUUUGCUGAAGAUUAAGUUUACUCAACUGCAGAUUGAGGCGGCUAAACGAGGACUUCUGACACCAAGACGAGGCAGGGGUGUCAGUAUGCGAGGCCGUGGUGCCCUCAGGGCACGGGGAAGGGGCUCCAGGGGGCGAGGAAGAGGCAUGCCGCUCCAUGCAGUUGUGGACCAUCGACCACGAGCGCUAGAGAUUUCCGGUUUCACUGAGGCAGACAGUGUGGACCUUCUUCCACACUUUGCUCAAUUUGGCGAAAUAGAAGAUUGCCAGAUUGAUGAGCACAGACGGUGUGCAGUCAUCACUUACAGGACCCGACCUGAGGCAGAACAGGCAGCCCUUCGUGGAGUGAGGUUGAACAACCAGAGUUUACGUUUGGCUUGGCACAAGCCCCCCACGACUGUUAAUACUGCAGAUGCUGAUGAGGCAGAACCAGAGGAAGAAGAGUUCCCAGAAGAGUCGCUGAGUGAUGAUGCACUUCUGCAGGAUGAUGACGAGGAAGAAGACGACAAUGAGCCUCGUCCAUGGCGCAGAUGAAAACCAUUCACUGUCCUUCCUCGAACGAAGUUAAGACAGCAACUUUGCAAGAUUUGAGUGCAAAUUUAUAACCUGAGGCACAUAUUCCUUGUCACAUAUGUGAGUUUCAUUAUUAUUUUAAUGUGCAUACUAGAUUUAAAAAAAUUGUGGUAUUUUUUUAUGCUCUUAAAAUGUAGGCUUCUUGUUUUGGUUGGAUAAUAAAACAAAACAAUUGUCUGGACAUUUGCCAGCUGAUUAAUAGUAAUGGAAUUUUUUAAGUUAAUUGAAAGAUAUUGUAGCUUUUGCAGAAUAGUCUUAAGUUCACUGGUUAAAUGUUAAUGUGUAAAUAUUUCAUGUCUGGCUUUUAAUGAUUUGUAUAAAAGCAUGGCUUCUCAGUUUUUGGCUUUACUUUCAAUUGUGUAAAAAUAAAGAAUUGAAAUGGUCUUGCAGAAUACUGGAAAAAGAAAAGUUGCUUGCCACUU